UCGCCCACAGCCUUGCCCGAAGGACUUAUAGGACUUAGGAUACAGACUCCUACAACGUCAGGUGUCAUAAUGGCUUCUGAGGGAAUGGAAGAGGUUUCCUUGCGGUCAAAGCAAAAGAAGAAAUCUAGAGUCAGUAUAUUCAAAAUGAGUCGACGAAGAAUCUCAUGCAAAGAAUUAGGAAAUGUUGAUUGUCAAGGAUGGUUGUACAAGAAAAAGGAAAAAUCAUUUCUUGGCAACAAGUGGAAAAAGAUUUGGGCAGUUCUGAAAGGUUCAUGUUUGUACUGGUAUACUGGUCAGAUGGCAGAAAAAGCUGAAGGUUUCAUCAAUCUUCCUGAGUUCAUUGUGAAUCCAGCCAUUGAAUGCAAGAAAAAAUAUGCUUUGAAGAUAAGUCAUCCGAAGACCAAAGCUUUUUAUUUUGCUGCUGAAAAUAGAGAAGAGAUGAAUAAAUGGCUAAACAAACUGGGCCUCGCUGUUAUCACUCAUCCAAUGAAAGAUAAGAAAGACGAAGAUUGCUGGAGUGAAAGCGAACAUGAUGACUCUGAUCUAGCAGCAGAGACGCCUCCUUUUAUAAAACAUAAUUCUCCAUCAAUUUCUUCUGAACUUGCUUUACCACUACAUGGCAGCUUGCUAGCCCACAACUCUGGGUCAUCACUAUGUAUCAUGGAAUAUCAAGAAAAAAUAUCACAUCAUCAUAUGAAAAACAGUUCAUCCGCUCCAGAACUUGAGAAAUUGUUUGUAGAACAGGAUCUUCACCAAAAAAAAGAUGUCGAAAUCCUUAGCUCCAAAAAGCAACCAGUAUUAAACGACAGUUUGCAUUCCAUGGUAACAGAGGGUCUUUACAUGAAAACUAAAGAUCAAGAUGAUGAAAUGGAGAAAUUGUACAAAUCUUUAGAAGAAGCAAGUCUAUCACCAAUUGGAGACCGCCGUCCCUCAUCUAGAAAUGAACUGAGAAAGUCCUUUAUUAAACGCAGCAAGAACCCUUCAAUCAAUGAAAAACUGCACAAAAUCAGGACCUUGAACAGUACUCUGAAGUGCAAAGAACAUGACCUAGCGAUGAUUAACCAACUCUUGGAAUGUGAUGAAAUCACUAGUUCAAAAUACAGAGAAUGGAAGGAUAACAACACUAUGCUAUUUCAAGACCUAUACUCAUCACAUUGUCUUCAGGUCUCUGCUGACAAUACAAAACAAGAAACACCAUGCAGUUGAACAUAACUCCUAUGGAUUAACCUGUUCUUUUUGUACAUAUUUGACCAAAUAUAUUUUUUUUUUAAUUCCAAUGAAGAUGGCCAAAGGAAAUUAUGUGGAAGUUUAUUGCAUGCCGUGUAUAUGCAUAUGUAAUGGAUAUCCUGCCCCGUACCACCACAGGCUAGAAAUUACUAAAGAAAACCUUGGGAAAUAUUAUGAAUUCUUUCCAGUGAGUUGUACUUUACAGUAAAUUCAUACAAGUGUUUGAGUUGGACAAGUGUCAUUUGGGGAAAAAAAAAAAAGUAUUACUCUUCCUUUGGGUUGGAUCGGCUAAAAGUACUUCUUAGGAAAGCUCAAGUUGCAAAUAAAUGAAGAGGGCAUUUUCAUCAGAAUUUUGACACUACACAGUUAAGCCUCCUCAUAUCUAUGUACUGAUCUUGAGUUAUAGGCUAUAUUACAACCUAGAGCUACAUUGACUAUUGUGCUGGUUAUCAUUGGAAACAGUUGGCAUGCUUGUUACCUGACACAUCUCAAACAGCUUGGUGAGCGUCAAGUAGUAGACUAUUGUACAUUGCCUCGUGUGAAGACAUUCCCAGAAUGCAAGUCACAAGAAGAAACUCUGUGCAAAUGUAAACCAGCAAGAAAUUCUGUAAGCCGACCCUCUGAGCUAUAUAUUAGCUGUAAGACAGUCUGAAGCAGAGCAUGCCCUUGUAACAUUGCUUUGUUAUAUAAUGAAUGUGCUGUCAUGAACUGUGCCUUCUUGUAUGUUUGUCAAUUAUUUCUUUUAUUUAUGAAGACUGCAAACUCACAGACUAUUUGGGGACUUUUUUGUCUUUUACAGCAGACAAUGAGAUGAUUUAACCUUAUUUUGUGCAUGUAAAUUAAGCUUCUAGGCAGAUAUUAACCAUUUACUGCACUCAGGCGGUAAUUAACUGUAAGACAUCCCUUUGAUAAUUGUACGAGCCAUGUAACAUUUACAGAGGAUAUAUAUAUCUCUCACAGAUUAAUUAAUAAAUAUCACAUAUCAGUAUUCAUUUCUGUUAUAUUCCUGUUAUAUACAGGUUUACAAAAUAAUGAAUAUAAUUUACAUGCGUUUAUAACAAAUUGAAACCAAUAUUUACAACGUUCACAGACCUGAAUUGUAAAGUUGAUUCCAGUAAAUAAGUUAAUGAAAACAAGCCACCCUGC